CACUGCCAGGUUCUCAUAAAUACAUCUUGGGCUGAAGCUGUCGGGACUGUGUCGCAGAGCUGACGGCAAGACAAAAGACUGAGCUUGUUGCAACAGUUGUGAGAACUUUUGACUCUUUUGUCAUUCUUCAACUUGUAGCUUUACAUCAUUCAAAAGCACUGGAAGUAUGGACCACUUAGUACAUGAAAAGAAUGGACAUACAUACUGAACAAACCAACUGAUAACCUGCCUGAAGGCAUACUUUUUGACCAGACUGUUUGAAGACAAGGUAUUGUUGGAAAGCAAAAAUGCCCCAUAUAGCGAGAAUUGGCUUAACCACACAAAGGUGCUUCUACCACUGAGUUGUCUGUCUCAUGGUUUAUGUAUGAUCUGUGUGAUACCUGAGUCAUCGGAUGGGCGGAGCCUGUGGGGAACGCCAUGACUUCUCUCUAUGGGUCUCUGAACAUCUGAGAGCACAGACUUCUGAAGCACAAUGGCUCCAGGCUCAAUUAUGAUAUAAUUGGAAUACGAAAAGAAAAGAAUUAGCAUUGCAAGGAGGGAUUUCUUAUGUAACGUCCAAGAUUUGGAUUCCAGCCAGGAGUGAUAAACUGUUAGAGUACUAUGCACCUCCAAGAUGGCUGCUACUGCUGCUUCGUGGUCAUCAAGUCGACGCAAGUCCUCAGUAAACCUGGGACUGAUAUUCUCCCGUCCAGAGAGGCCAAAGUUUGUAAGCCACGCCGGGGAGAAGAAGGUGAUUUUUAACGUCAGUGGGCAGAAGUUUAUAACAUGGCAGAGCCAUCUGAAUAAGUUUCCAAGCACCCUGCUCGGGGGAGACAAGAAAGAGAACUACCUGGAUGAGAAAAACAAUGAAUAUUUCUUUGAUCGUGAUCCUGAGGUGUUCCGGAUCGUUUUGCAGUUUUACCAGACUGGGAAGUUACACUACAACAGGGCCAUCUGCGUAACUUCCUAUAAUGAAGAGCUGGCCUUCUGGGGUAUUCUUCCCGACCUUCUGGAGCAAUGUUGCUUUGAAGACUACGAACAAGAAAUGCACGAGCUGGAAAACCGAUUCCAGGAGAAAGCCUUACCUGCAGUCCAAAAACCGAAGACCUUCCGGGAGAAAAUAUGGUUGAUGUUUGAUCGUCCUCAGUUCACUUUACUCGGGCCUGCCAUUUACUAUGUGGUGGGGAUAUGCAUCGUAACGUCCAUAUUCAGUAGUGUGCUGGAGACGGUGUAUGGGAGUUCAAGAGAUCAGCUGCCACUGGGGGAGAAGUAUGCCUUGACUUUCACAGCCAUAGAAAGCGCCUGCAUUGUCAUCUUCACUCUGGAGUAUAUGCUGCGCCUGUUUUCAGCACCGAAUCGUUGUCAGUUUGUCACAAGCUUGAUGAGCGUCGUGGACGUGCUUGCAAUGGUACCGUAUUACAUCGGACUCUUCGUCGUUCAGAUAGGAACAGGAAAGUCUCUCAUGACUUUACGUGUUUUCCGUGUCUUCAGAAUAUUCAAGUGCCAGUGGUACUCCCGUGGUCUGCGAAUUUUGCUGCAUACGUUAAGACGUUGUUAUGGUGAGCUGACCUUUCUCUUAUUCGCCCUUUUCAUGGGAGUCGUCGUAUCGUCAACAAUGAUGUACUAUGCAGAGAGAGACGAACCUAACUCUGUAUUCACCAGUGUGCCACGAUCAUUCUGGUACAGCAUUGUGACUAUGACAACACUUGGGUAUGGUGACAUGGUACCCAACACUAUUCAAGGAAAGGUAAUAGCUGGGGUAUGCGCCUUGAGCGGUGUACUACUUAUAACUUUACCCACCACUGUAGUAGUAUCAAACUUUAAUGCUAUCUAUCGUAGCCACAAGCUGUCCAAGAGUCUGAAGAAGCAUCAACAGGCAAAGGUCAAAAUGCUUAAACCAAGGAGGCCUCAUAAUCGCCUGCCCAUCGAAAGCCCUCUUAGUGCACUCAGUGAUGAUGAUGAUGAGACCAGAGACUGUGAAUGUAGGCACAUAUUUUGUUGUUGUCUGAGUGGUGCGUGUUGUAUUAGGAGAUCAGGAUAUAGGGCUGCAAAAGGCACUGCUGCCUCCAUCUCAAGUGAGGAGCAAGAGAGGAGAUUCAAGUGCCUGAGCUGGCUUCUCUGUUGUUGCAACGAGGACCUGUGCUCCGAGAGAGGUUUUAUCAACCUGGAGUGCAGCUACAAUAAUGUGCCAUGUUGGCGUGCCACCUUCCCACCUCAACCCAAGCCUCCGCCUUACACUCAAAGAGAACAUGUACAGUACUACCGGACCAUGAUCGACCACCAUCGACAGCGAUGUGCUGUCUCCUAUGUGGAGCAGGAGAUGGAAGAAAUUGAAAAGCUUUCUGAUGAUCAGAGCGAUGAUGCCAACAUUGAAACUGUGCAUGUGUUCAGAUAACUGCAUUUUGCGGGCUCUGCGGCCCCCCAAUCCAUGCAUGGAUCAGGAACGGUUGAGUUGGAUUUACUGAUGUGUAAAACAUAUCAUUAUUGCAUCUGCACCAAAAUGAUAAGGACAAAAAUGGAGGAAAUCUCCCAGGGCCAGAAAUCGAUAAAACUAUAUUUCAUUGUUGCUGAAGCUAUAAGAUGAAUAUUAAUUAGACCAAGUUAAUCCAGCUCUCUCUCGAGAGAGAAAUUGUGAUCAAUGAUGCUAUAAAAGAUCAUUCGUUAGCUGUCAUUAUUACAUUCUAAUGUCAAUGUGCAUGUCAUAAUGUGACUAAAAUGACAGACAAGGUACUCUUUACUGGAGGAAGAUACAUGAUGAUUAUUUUCAGCACACUACUGUACGGUCUUUUGUCUGACUCAUUAAGUGCAUGAGGCAUGUACUUUUCUGUAAUUAAUGUUUUUAUCAUUAGAUAUUGUCGAGGUACAUGUUUUAUAUUAUAUAGAUAUUUAUAAGGAUGUGAAGUCAUAAUGAGAAACAAAACGACAAGUUUAGUUAACUUGAGUUAUUGGGUUCUUUACAGUUGAUAAGUGAUAUGAUUCAUGUUGACAACAAAAUGUGUUUCAAGGGAAUAGUUAUUAGUUUGUCAUAUUGUUACUGAAGGAAAUGAACUUUCUUGCACUGUGAUUUCAACUUAAAAAGUAUCAACAACAAUGCAUGGAGUACAUUUAAGUGCCCAAAUUUGUACUGGUUACUGCAUAAGUUUGUUUGGUCAAGGGUUACAGACAAUUAUUCAUCAUAGACUUCGAAAUAUAAGUAUGUAAAGUACACUGUAGUGAGACUUUUUUACCACAACAAAACUACAGAAUCCUGACUACAUACUGGACCAGUAUGCUAUGAAAACUGGCAAGACCUGACAUGUGUGAGAUAGAAAAUUUCAGGGAGGAAACAAUCUACUUCUAAGAUACUUGAUUAGUAUAUGCUAUUGACAAGACAUGACAACUGUAAAAACAAAAUUACCAGGAAGGUUUUUACUUGCUUUGAUCCAAAUGUGCUUUUUCUAGAAGAGACGAAUAUGGGAGAGACACACUUUACUGUUGAUCGAAAAGAUUCAUUUUAGUGUA